AUGCUCGGCGCUCUCGCCAUCGCGGGCUUGCUAGUACCCGUCGCGGCGCAGUACGUGAGCCCGUUCUCACUACGUGAUCCCGAUGUCUACUUCAACUUGUCGAUACCUGCCGUCUCGCCAUUCUUCACAUAUCGCGGCAACUGGAGCGAUGGUGGGCCAGACGGACUGCCUUGGAUCAGUGGACCCACCUCCAACAUGUCGUUCUACGGCGCAGGCACCGCUGCGUGGGUGUAUACCCACAUCAGCGGGGCUGGAUCGGGCUCAAAGGACCCACCUGCGUCCAUGAUUGUCGCCGGCCGCUCCAAUCCUCUCGACCUAGGCGACAACAACUGGGUCUUCCCUUAUCGGACCAACAAGAUGGCCUACACUUUUGCUCUGAUCAACAGUGUUCCUGCAAAUGACAGCCUCCAGUUCGACAGCGUCACAAUCGAGAGCGGACUGUAUACCGAGGCGAAGAGCUGGGAAGAAGUACACUGCGUCACAGAGUCGUUUACCAAGAACUCUAGCCUGGAGCUCAGCUUCCAGGGCGGCGCGUGGACCUUUGGCACCGACGAGCAGAGCGCUUGGGGUGGUGCGGUGAUAGCGACGCUGCCACAGAACACGAGUUUUGUAUGGGUCAACGCGAGCUCAGUGUCGGGCCCCAUGAACGCCAACACGUUCAACCUCUUCAUGUCUCGCGGCAUAACUCCUCUCAACUUUCAACAGAUGAACCUCAACUCGUUACGCUCGUAUGAAGCCAAGGACAUGAUUGUUUACCAGGCCCCGCUGGACCCGACCGACCUAUACCAACUCACGCUGAGCGCUCCCGGCAACAAUCAAAUGAUCCUCAACUCGAUCACGUACUGCUCGUACUACAAGGACGGCAUCGUUCCUGUCGCCAAGAAGAAGAGUAACGCGGCACUCAUUGGUGGCCUCGUAGGCGGCCUCGUCGGUGGCUUCCUCAUCUUGGCAGCCAUCGGGUUUGCGCUCUGGUGGAGACGACGCAAACGCCAGCACAAAGAAACGCCAGACGCUUUUAUUGUGGACGAGAGCGCAGAGACCCAGCCGCUGCCGGACAAGCGCAUGCUAGGCUCCAUGGCUGUGCCGCGUAGCAGUUCGCCGACGCAGUUUGGUACCGAUUCGUCCGACUUGCAUGCCGAGUACGAGGCCAAGCUCAACCUCCUGGCCAAUGGUGGUUCGCGCCAGAACAGUCGCAUGUUGAGCGCCGACAACAGCAUGAGUGGAGAUCGGACAAUGAGCGGUGACUCGUACCGCAAUGGCUCUCGUGGAAUUAGUGGCGACUCGUCCUUGUCGGGAAGCACAGAGCAAAAGUCGAUGGACCCAGAUGGAAUGCCUCGGCGCCCACGCCGCCAGCGCCGCACACGUCAUGUUGUUGAGCACGCCGAAGACGGCGGCGAGAUUCGCGUCGAGAACGGCGAGGAGGUUGUUGUCGAGGUCCUGCCACCGGUAUAUCGGCCCGAAUGGGAGGAGCGACGGCGCUCAGACUUGCCACAGUCGCCGCCGAUAUCUCCGCCUCUACCGCGACCGCAGUUGUGA